AUGUGCCCCUUCGAAGAAGGGAGAGCUCGAAAGGUGAUGCAACAGCUCGAAAUUCAAUUCUACCAUGACAACCGGUUGGUCGACAUGCGCAGUGCAUUGGAUAAGCUCCCGAUCAAAUGGCCAGACAAUCGUGCUGAAAUCACCCACCUGCUCGCCCUGAGGACCAAGAGCAACGAUAUCUGGACAAUGGUUAUUGACAUAUGUAUCUUGACUCUCGAGAGAUACGGCGGGAGAGGACUGGAGGAAAUGUGCACCUGUGGCCGGAAUCAACAGUCGAUGUCUUGA